AUGCCCUGGGGCGCAGAGAUUGACGCGUCCGAAUCCGUCUCUGAUUCGAACGACGAAGGGGGUGGUCUGGAUCAUUCGGAUGAGGGGGAGGAUCACCAAGACAAUAAUAAUACCCAGCAUUUGGCCAAACGGAGACGUGUGGGAGAAAAUCAUCUUCAUCCAUCCAUGGAGGGGAAUGGGAAUGUAGCUCCUGUUGCUGGGAUGGGAGGAGGGGGGGUUGUUGAUCCGAGUUUGGGUGGUGGUGGUGGAGGUGGAGGUGGAGGAGGAGGAGGGAAUGAUGGAAGGGUGCCUCAUUUCAAGCCUGGGUUACCUGAUCCUGACGAUAAGGGGGAGAAUGACUGUUUUUUUGAGGAUUGCCAGACCAGGGCGGGGGGGAAUCAAUAUUUUAUCAAGCACCUGAUGGACAAGCACGGCCUUAUCAGGGGUGACCAAGGGCGUCAAGAAGGCGGACGAAGGAAGGCGCCCAAAUAUCUGGCCGUAUGCCCUACCAACUGGCCGUUUAAUUACGGCACCAGCUCGUCAUGUGGGCCUUGUUCCGAUAUCACCACACUGCUCAACGUUGUGGGAGAGCACAACCACGAGUCGCCCGCCAUCUGCUCCUUCUGUUGGACUUAUUUUGGAGAUAGGGCAGGGCUUGCCGCGCACAUCAACCAGGGCCCUUGUCGGAGUAACGAGGGAUUUAGCAGAAAGCUGACUCUGAUCAGGCACAUGUUUGCUACCGCCCUGAGAAUACCGGACGGCCCUGAGUUGGCGAAGCAGUCGGAAGGACAGAGGAGGGCCCAUGCAGAAGCGGAGAGGGCGGCGAGGGCGGAGAAAUACGCCGCGGAACAGUUGGCGGAGCAGGAGUGGAGGAAUCAGCAGCAGGCGCAGAGGAGGCAAAGGCAGCAGAGGGGAGGGUCGCCUCCGAUGGUGGCUGCUCCGGCGCCGGCGGUGCAGGCGGUUGUGGUGGGGAACAACAGGAGGAGGACUACUGGGGCGGUUGCAAAUGGUGCUCUACAGGGACAGCAGCAGCAGCAAGUGGUCCAACAGCCGGGCUUUCAUGGGAGUCCCAUGGGUCAGCAGUUUGCUAUCUCGGCGGGUGGGGGAAUUGAUGGGUUGCCUGGGUUAGCUCAACAAGCCGCCGGAGUCUCACCGGGCGCGGCGCCGGACUAUGUGGUGCCUGCGGCCACGGCGGAGGCGAUGGCGAGGAGUAUCGAACGGCUUUCUGGUAUCAUAGGGGACCUCACGGCGACGAACUCGCAACUAUUGCAGGAAUUGCGGUCACGGGACCAGCACAUAUCCAACCGGGACAUACAAAUUCGGAGCAGGGAGGAACGGAUCAACGCGUUGUCGGCUGAAAACAAGAAGCUCUCGGCUGAGGUGGCAAGGCUCACGGCCAUCGCAAGCGGACAGUUGGGUAUUGAUGGCGCCGGUGGUGUGGUUAUGGGCGGCGACAGUGGUUUGGACCAGGGCGAGCCGAUGGAGGACGCCGAGGAGGUUUAA